AUGGCGAAUGUUUUUCGUCAAUUUUUACUCGAUGCUGAAAAUGGGGAUGUUGAUGCUGUUCAAAGAAAUAUUGAAAAUGGAAUUGAUUUAGAAACGCGUGAUGAAGAUCAACAAACUGCACUUAUUUUAUCAGCUCGAUGUAAUCAUCUUGAAUGUGUAAAAGUUCUUCUUGAAGCUCAUGCUGAUGUGAAUGCAGAAGAUGUGGAUAAUUGGACAGCAUUAUUAAAUGCAUCACAAAAUGGAAAUUUCGAUAUUGUUCGUAUUCUUAUCGAACAUGAUGCAAAAAUUGAACAUUGCGAUUGUGGGCAAUUUACUCCUUUAAUGUGGGCAUCUUAUGAAGGACAUACAAGAAUUGUUGAAUAUUUAUUAAAUUGUGAUGCAAAUGUUGAUGCUGUUGAUGAACAUGGAAUUUCAAGUUUAAGUUGGGCAUCAGGACGAAAUCAUAUUAAUAUUGUUGAACUAUUACUUAAAGCUGGCGCAUCACCUAAUCUAUGCGAUAAGAAUGAUACAACUCCAUUAAUUUGGGCUAGUCGACGUGGUCAUACGGAAAUAGUUGAUUUAUUACUAACAUAUAAUGCUAGUGUUAAUAAUAUUGGCAUGAAAAAUAUGACAGCUUUAUUAGCUGCUACAAGAGGAGGUCAUGGAGAAACAGCUCUUCGUCUACUUCAAAAUCAAACCAUUGAUAUUAAAGUACAAGAUAAAGAUGGACAAACACCAUUGAGUCAUGCAUGUGCUCAAGGUCUUACUGAUGUUGUUGCUGAACUUGUUCGACAUCAUGCUUAUGUUAAUACAGUUGAUAGAAAUGGUGAUCCGGUUCUUUUCUUUGCUGUCAAAGGUGGAAAAGAAGAUUGUGUUGCUAUUCUACUUGAAAAUCAUGCUGAUAUAAAUGCUAUUGGUGCUGAUAAUAAAACAGCUAUUUGGUGGGCAGUUGAACGAGGUCGACUUGAUGUGGUUAAAUAUUUACUUCAAUUUAAUCCGGAUGUUGAAGUUGCUGGUGGUGAAGAUGAUGAUACACCACUUUUAUUAGCUACUAAACGAAAACGUGUAGCUAUUGUUUAUGAACUUAUUAAAUAUGGUGCUAGAUUAUCAUCUACUGAUCGAUAUGGUGAUAAUAGUUUGCAUAUUGCCUUACGUAAUCGUAGUCGUGAUAUUGCUGAUAUUCUACUUUCAAAUCCACGUCAUUCAAAAUAUUUAUAUCGACCUAAUAAACGUGGUGAAACACCAUACAAAAUUGAUGCUAAUUUACAAAAAAGUAUUUUAACAACUAUUUUUGGACAACGAACAUUAAAUUUGAAUGAUGAUUCUAUUCUUGGUUAUGAUCUGUAUUCAUCAGCAUUAGCAGAAAUAUUAAGUGAACCAUCACUUCGAACUCCGAUUACUGUGGGUCUUUAUGCAAAAUGGGGCAGUGGAAAAUCAGCAUUGUUAACGCAUUUAAAAGACUUUCCAACAAUGGAAUUCUCACCAUUACUUCUAACAGUGAUUGUAAUUGUGGCAUUAAUUAUUGGUUUUUUUAUUGGUUUCUUAAUACAUUAUAUUGUUGGCAUAUCAUUUGGUGUUUGUUUGAUUAUUAUUUGUAUAGCAUUUCUUGUUUUUAUUCGAUAUCUUCUUCGUCAUAAAGAUUAUAUAUGGACUGCUAAUAUAGCACAAUUUAUAAAGAAACGUUUAGAAAUGUUAAGAUUUUUACUUCAAGUUCUUUUUAUGAAUCCAUAUGUUCAUCGUCGUUCAAAAAAAAAUGAUACAAUUGAUUAUAAAAAGAUGAAAUUUAUUUUUACUGAAUAUGGAAAAGUUUCAACAGUUGAAAGUGAAAAAGCAAGUGCUGGUAUGAUUGCUGAACUAGCAACUAAUGUUGAAGAAACAUUUGGUCUUGUAGCAACACGUCUAUGUCGUGCACUUCAUUCCAAAGAUUUAAAUCGUCAUCGAUUUCGAUAUAUAUGUUGCAUGCCAGCAUUUAUUUUUGUUUCUAUUCAGAUUUCUCUUCUACUAACGCUUAGUAUUCUUCUAUUAUUAUAUGGAAUUCCAUCGAAUUAUCGUUCGAUUAAUAUAACCUAUAUUUCACUAACUGGUGUAUUAGGUGGUUCAGUAUUACUUAGUUGUGGUACAUGUCUACGAUUAUUAAUGGGAUUAAUGAAAUCACCUAAAUCAAAAAUAAUAAAACUUUCUGAUCAUUCAUCACGUCUUAAUGAAAGUUCACUUUAUCGACUUAAAAAAGAAGUUAGCCAAUUAUCGUAUAUCAUCAAAUCUGUUGAAGCUUUUCUUAAUAUUAAUACUCGUCUUGUUGUUCUUAUCGAUGGUUUAGAUGUAUGCGAACAACAACGUAUUCUUCAAAUACUUGAUCAAGUACAUGUACUUUUAACAAAAGAAAAUGAUCCAUUUAUUACAUUGAUUGUUUGUGAUCCACAUAAAAUGAUGCAAGAUUUAUCGACAACAAUCAGUCACAAUCAAGGUUUUGAUACUAGUGUUAAUGGUCAUGAUUAUUUACGUUCGAUUAUUCAACUUCCUAUCUAUUUACAAUUAAAUAUGAGUAAAACAAAACAAUUAAAAAAAAAUUCUGAUGUUUUUCCAAAAAAAAGAGCAAAUACUCUUACUAAUGGUGCAUCAGUUCUUGAUGUGAGCGCAAAGCCAGUAACAACUAAUAAACUUCCAAAGAAUAAACGACGACGACAACGGCGAGAUACACUACCUAAUACGAAACCAGUAACAACAUCAGAAUUAACUAAUCAAUUACUACAAUCUGAUUAUUUUCUUGAUAUUAAUCCACGAAUUCUACAACGUCUUAUUAACAUAAUUGCUAUGAUCGGUCGUUUACUUCGUGCUAAUCAAGUUGUAUUUAGUUGGAAACGUCUCGGAUGUUGGUCAUAUUUAGUAGAACAAUGGCCAUAUCGUAUAUCAUGGAUUGUUGUCUAUUAUGAAGAUCAUGAACAAGAAUAUUCAGAUGAUACUUCAUUAAAAACUCUAUAUGAUAAAAUUAAACCAUUUAUUCCAACAUCAAAAGAUCCUCUUUUACAACUUGAUCGUAAUGGACGUAAAUUUGAACUUUGUAUAGAACGUGGUGAACCUGUUUUAAAUGUCAAUGAUUUAAAACAAUUUCUUCUAUGUACAUGUAAUCUAGAUCCAUAUUUGAAUAAACUUAUUCGAGAAUCAGCAGCUUACUUUUAUAUGAAUAAUUCUGAUGAGAAUGGUUUUAUUAAUGGAGAUGCAUCGAAUUUCUGUGUUCAUCGUGAUUCCAAGCUUCUUGAACGUGGUGGCUUCUUGCAGCAAGAACCUACAUCACGACAUAAAAAUGCAUUUCAUUCAAGAUUCAGUGUUGGUGGGCCAGAUUAUAUUGGUAGAAAUCAAUAUCGUCUUUCAUUUGAUUUUCCCCCUCAUCAUUUAUAUAAUCGCAUACCAAUGAAAAAACGAGCUGACGAUGAAGAUAGCCAUAAUCGAACAUCAUCUGUUUCAUCCACAUCAGCAGUUGUUAUGCCACCAUUGAUUAAUCAAAAAAUUUCUUCAUCAACUGGUCCUUCUGGAAAUGUCAAAGUAGAUUUAUCACCAUCAUUAAGUCAAAUGUCAGUGAAUGAUAUAUGUGAUUGUCUAAAGAAUGAUAUUGUUGGUUUGAAAACAGCUAUGAUACCAAUCUAUAUUCACGAUAUUAAUGAAUAUAAUAUAAGUGGUCGAGUAUUAGCAACAUGUGAACUUAGUGAACUUAAACAGAUUCUUUCAAUGACAUUUGGUGAUUGGGUACUAUUUAAUAAUUGGAUUGAAACUAAACGUGAAGAAGAACGACGCCAUCGUUUUAACUUUCAAACACAAUCUUCAUCAAUAAUUAAUACUAAUCGUAAUCAAAAUCAAAAUCUUUCAAGCAAUGAAUCUUUUAAUGAAUAUCAACUUUAUACUGAAAAUAGUGUACUUAGUGCUGCACUGAACCGUUUAAUGUCACAAAAUCCAAAGAGAAGUUCUAUUGAUGAAACAAAUACUGCUCCUAAUGAAGGUGUAUCAAUUGUUUCAGCACCAAAAAAUGUCAAAUUUCUCAUUCCUCUUACUCGAUCUGGUAUAACAUCAAAUGAAAGUACAUUUGGUGUUAUUGAAUCAACAACUCGAACUAUUACUCAUGUUAAAGAUAUAUUUCCACUAAAUUCUUCAUCACAAUCUCAAAAAGGAGCAACAACAACAAACAAUGUUGGAGAUACAAAUAAUGUUUCUUCUCCUUCAAAUUCAAUGAUAAGACCCUCAUUCUUCGAUGAAGCACAUCAUCCGGAUCAGAAUGAAACAAUUACAAGUGAUUGUGAACAACAACUUUUACUUCCAAACAAUGAUUCUAAUCAAAAAUGA